AUGCUGUUCAAACAGAUCGUGCAUUCCGUAUCAAACGUUCGGCGGUCAACAUGCAUUCUGGUGCAUGGGGGGCUGUCUCUGGGCCGAAUUGCGUAUUCAUUAGGUUGGCUCGUGCCGUUCGAUAUUGAUGGGGCCACGGUCAUUCGCGGUCGUGUCACCGUCGUUUGGGCCGGAGAAGAGGAAAUGGAUUCAGUCGUUGAGGUUGGGGUAAGCAGACCAAAGUCACGUAUAGCAUCUGCUGACGUCGUAGAUGAACCCGUAUAUAUGGAUGGAGUGCUUCUUUGGAUUGCACGUGUGGUGCCGCCAGCGCUUGAGCUGCUCGAAGAAGAGAGGGAGCUCCUUCGUGAAGCCGAAGAGGUGCUGCUAGAUGGUGUAUGCGCGGUCUCGGUGUUUGUAGUCGAGCCGGAAGUGCGGCUAGCAGAGCUGGAGCUAACAGUCGUAUCGGCCGUGAUCCCAACAAACAAUGAACCAAGAGACGGCACUGAUGAUAAGUCUGACUGGGGGCCUGAGGACGAGCUAGGGUUUAGUUUCCAGCGGAGGAACUAUCUGAUGAUGGGCUCGAAGAAGAUGCUUGAAGCAAUGGACGACUUGGAGCAGUUCCCAAGCGUGCGAGUGGCUCCGAGGUUGUCGAGCUCGUCCGAUGAUUCUCCAAUUCUCGAGCUUCUCGAGUGA